AUGCCCUUUCGCGCCCUUCGUCUGUUCGCUGUCCCGACCAGUCCCGACACAUUGCUUGCCAGCUCACUCUCCUUUGCGUCAACCCUUCAACUGGCCGCCGGGAAAGCAUGGUCUCGACGUGUUGCGGCGCAUUCCCCACUAGAACAUGCCCGAAAACGCGGUGUACGCUCAGUAGGAGGGUGUCAAACUGCCUCUAAACCGGUUGAGUGGGAAUAUCGAAGGCAGCCUGGUCCUUCUCGACUGGGGAACGUGACUCAACCCUUGAGCUUUCGAGAUAACUUCCUCCGAGAGCGUGGCAAGGGCACAACUCACGAGACGAGUUUCAUGCACGCUGGUCACUCAGCUAAGCUUCACACCACCGCAAGCCAGGUAGGGAAACAGAAUCGCCACCAGCAUACGCGUAGACGCCAACGUCAUCUACCUUCGGACCUUCGUGAUUUACCACAGCGUCACCCCAAAAUGAGUUACCUAGCUGGUGUCACCGACUUCGACCUCCAACUCAGCGAUUACCUGCCAUCGCCUGAGGACACACAUGAACCCGAUGAAGAAUCCUGCGACUUGUUCGAUGAACUACCCCCGGAGCACCAUUCAGAAGUCCUUACGCCAGUGGCCACGGCAUUCAAAGAACCCCGACCAUCAUACCUUAAUGCUCCUAGAGACUGGCGCGCACUUUGCCAGAACCUUCUCUAUCUCGUCAACGUCCGUAAACCCUCUCUCAGCCUUCCGGCACUGUUAGACUAUCAUGCCCGCUAUCCUCACCACCAUUCAACGUAUUCAUACAAUCUACUCAUUGACUUGAGUAUCAAGCACCAUUCCCACCCAAUUGCGACCAGAUUACUUCACGAACUUCGACAGUCCGGCAUUCCAGAGGAUAUAGAGACCUAUAAACUGCAAGUCCGUUUAUACGUCCAUCAAGCACAAUGGAAUUACGCGUGGGGCUACGUGCGCAGUCUGCAGAGAGAAAACAAACUGCCUAAAGACGAAAAUGGCCGGCCUGACAUGCCCCUGCCAAUAUGGCUGGAACUGUGUCGUGCACCCAAAAGACGGCGCAGUAGACGCUCCGCUCAGCAGGGCGGUGCUCAUGACGGACAAUCCUCAGUACCCCCUUUCGACACGAAGUCCUUUCAAAUCCAACGGCAACUUGUAAAUUCCAACAGGCCAUCGAGAUUGCCACCCCUUCACGAGACACCCCCAUAUGCAAUAUAUUGUCUAGUUCAGCUGAUGAUGAGGGCGGGCGAUAGGGAUGGUGCCUUGGCGCUGACUGAGGCGUACUUCAAAGCAAUACCUCGCGUUCUGGACACCAAGAAGAUGCUGGUCUGCCUAAGGGUCGUCCAUAUUCACAUGGCCUUCAGCCCUAAAAAGAGCGGGCUCCCAAAGUACGAUGACGCACGGAAAAAGAUGCAUUCAUUACUGCGCCUCCACCCGAGUCUUCGACCGACCUCUCGGACAGUAUUCCUCCUUCUCUCGAUGCUUCGACGUGCCAAAAAGUGUGGGACUGUGGCCUGGAAGCAGCUCGCGUUCUUCAAGUCGCGAUGGGGCAAUCAUCUCGAAGAUAGGCGCGUAUUACGUCGCGUGUCCCAGUUAGCGCUCAAGGAGGGUCGGAUGGACAUAGUUCAGAAGCUAAAAGCCACCGUGAGGCUAGAGCGGUCUGAACGACGAGAACGCUUACUCGAAGAGAGUGUGAAGGGUGGGCCGAACCGAGCUCCAACGGAGAAGCUCUAUCGACUUCCUCUGCGGCAGGUGUACCCCUCGCAUGGUCGAGAAGGCCGCUUGUGGUUUCGUCACCAGGCGAGCAUAUAUCGGCAACAGGCUCGACGGAGGAAAAGAGCGGCCAAGGCUCACUCUACGAAAUGA